AUGCGCAACUUUCUCUCGCUAUCGGUGGCUGCUUUGCUUCAUGUAGCGGCAGCAUCACCAACCCAAAAGGCCCAAUCACACAAAGUCAGCACCGCCGACCAAUAUGUAGAUUGGCGUACCUUUACCGGGUACGGCGUUAAUCUCGGCGGCUGGCUCGAGCAAGAAUCCACAAUUGACACAACGUGGUGGGCGAAAUAUUCUCAUGGCGCAGCCGACGAAUGGACCAUGUGCGCCAACCUUGGAUCUGCCUGUGCUUCUGUCUUCGAAGCUCGUUAUAAGACCUACAUUACGACAUCCGAUAUCGAUACUCUCGCCGCAGCAGGCGUCACAAUCCUCCGCAUCCCAACCACCUACGCCGCCUGGAUCAACAUGCCCGGCUCUCGUCUCUACCAUGGAAAACAGCAACAGCAUCUCCGCAAAAUCGCCCAGCACGCCAUUACCAAGCACAACAUGCACGUCGUAAUCGACAUCCACAGUUUGCCCGGUGGAACAAACGGCUUGGACAUCGGCGAAGCAGUCGGCCAUUGGGGCUGGUAUUACAACAGCACUGCGUUGGACUGGAGUUUGAAGGCUGUCGAUGCAUUGGUAGACUUUGUUGCCAGCUCGCCUAAUCCAUGGAGCUAUACCAUCGAGCCUAUCAACGAGCCAGUUGACAAUCGUGAUUUCUCAACCUUCGGUACACCAGCUGCGUUGUCUGACAAGGGCGCCAAGUGGUUGGUGAAAUAUAUUCGGGCCGUUCUGGACCGUGUUGAAAAAGUGGAUGACCGCAUCCCGGUGAUGUUCCAGGGCAGUUUCAAGCCUGAGACAUACUGGAGUGGCUUCUUUGAAAAAGAACGCAAUCUGGUGUUUGAUGCGCACCAUUAUUACUUCCAAUAUUCAAACGCGACUUCGGUCAAUUUGCCGACAUUCAUUUGCAAGGACGCGAAGGCGACAAAGGGUGAUGGAAAAUUCCCUGUCUUCGUGGGUGAAUGGUCUAUCGAGGCAGGUGGUAAUAACACACUCUCGCUGCGUGGUGACAAUCUCAAGGCCGGUAUCUCUGCCUGGGCGCAGUAUACGCAGGGCAGCACGUUUUGGACGGCCAAGUUCUCCAGCAACGGGACUGUGGCAGGCCAAGGAAUGAAGCAGAACUACUGGAACUUUGCUGAAUUCAUUGAGGCUGGCUAUCUGGAUGGAGAGGUUGUGACCGAGAAUUAUUGUAAAUAA